AUGGGUUUGGUUACAAUAAUAGAAAAUGAAGCUCAUUUUCAGUCCCAAAUGGCUAACGCUGGUUCGAAACUUGUUGUUGUAUACUUUACAGCAUCGUGGUGCCCACCGUGCCAACGAAUUUCACCGUUUUAUGAACAAUUACCAGUAAAGUUUCCAAAAGCAGUUUUCCUAAAAGUUGAUGUUGAUUCAUGUGCAGAAACUGCAAGUGCUCAAGGCGUCAAUGCUAUGCCUACCUUUGUAAUUUAUAAAAACUGGAGAAAAGUUGACUUAAUAACAGGUGCGAACCCUGCAAAUUUAGAGGCUAAGAUUAGACAAUAUUAUGGAACUGAAGAGGCAGGUGAUGAGGAUAGUGCUGUUCCUGGACAGAUGGAUUUGGCAACAUUUAUCACCAAGAGUGAAUGUGAAUGUUUAAAUGAGUCUGAUGAUCAUCCACUAGCUCAUGCUCUUAACAGUGGUGGGGGGUACUUAGCCAGUGACUGUGAUGAACAAUUGAUUAUAAAUAUUACUUUUAAUCAGCUGGUUAAAAUACACUCUCUGAAAAUCAAAGCACCUGCUGACAAAGGUCCCAAGUUUCUAAAACUUUUCAUUAAUCAACCAAGAACACUUGACUUUGAUCAGGCAACUGGAAAUAUAUCAGUGCAAGACUUAGAGUUAUCACCUAGUGAUUUGGAAGGCAACCCAGUGCCACUUAAAUUCGUCAAGUUCCAGAGUGUUCAAAAUAUUCAAAUAUUCAUAAAAGACAACCAAUCUGGUGGUGAUGUUACACAGAUUGAUCACCUCGCGUUUUAUGGCUCACCUAUUUCUACCACCAAUAUGGGAGAAUUUAAACGCGUCGCUGGCAAAAAAGGCGAGAGCCAUUAA